CAGCUGAAACAUGGAGGACGAGGAGCUCUUCGACCAGAUCGUGUACGUGUUCAACUCGCUGGUGUCGUGGGUCGCCGCCGGGGCCAUGGUGUUCGGCGGUCUGGUGCCCUACAUCCCGCAGUACAGGGACAUCCGCCGGACACAGAACGCAGAGGGCUUCUCCACCUACGUGUGCCUGGUGCUCCUGGUGGCCAACAUCCUGAGAAUACUCUUCAGAUUUGGCCGCUACUUCGAGACGCUGCUGCUGUGGCAGAGCAUCAUCAUGAUCGCCACCAUGCUCAUCAUGCUCAAUCUGUGCACCAGCGUCCGCAUGGCCACCGAACUCAACACCAAGAGACGCUCCUUCUUAGCAACAGACAUUAAGGACGAGGAGGUCAGAAUCCCUAAGAGGCUCUUUCUGGACUUUGACUGGAGCUACUUCUGGUCGUGGAGCCGCUUCGUGGACUAUGUGCAGUGCGUGCUGGCCUUCACGCUCAUGGCGGCCUACAUCACCUACGUCCUCCUGGACUCGACGCUGUUCGUGGAGUCUCUGGGCUUCCUGGCCGUGUUCGCCGAAGCAAUGCUGGGCACGCCGCAGCUCUACUGCAAUUAUCAGAACAAGUCCACUGAGGGCAUGAGUAUCAAGAUGGUGCUGAUGUGGACCAGUGGCGACACCUUUAAAACGGGCUACUUCCUGAUCACCCAGGCUCCCGUGCAGUUCUGGACAUGCGGCCUGCUGCAGGUCAUGGUCGACAUAGCAAUUCUGUUCCAGGUUUACUACUACAGCCGCUACCCACAGAAACCUGUCUCCCACACCGUCUCCCACACCACCAGUGCCAAAGCCCUCUGAGAGCCCCCCCCCCCCUGCAAGCCCUCCGAGGUCACUUCAAAACAGCAGUGAGAAGGCCUUGCUGAGGAACUGUGGACAUGUAUAAACAUACAUGAGUACCAAAGCACCUUGAGAUGAUGUGGGCUGCUCACUGUCCCCUCUGAGUAUACAUUAAGACACAAACACACCCAUAAAUAAGUCAUGAAGAUACACAGACACCUGGUGGUGGUGGUGUCUGCAGUGAGACCUGAAGGACAUGUUACACCCAAACUUGACCUUUUUGUUUUAUUCAUUAUCUUGCUGACUUCCUCUCAAUGGGAUGGUAUGCUUGUGUCUUGGAAUGCAGACAUCUCAAAGAAUAUAUCCUUGAAUCAAUCUGUGCAUGUGGAAAAUAUUAUGCACAUGAAUAUAGAGUAUAUACGAACUGCAGAUGUAUGCACUGAAAUAUCAGGCUCAAGGAAAAGGCGGACCAGCUUAUUUUUUUGUCCCUAUACACUGAUGAUUGUUGCAUGGACCCUCUGCCUUAAAACACACACACACACACAUUCAAACAUGGCUUGCUGCAUUACCAGCAAUAUAAAUGUAUGAAUCUUUAGACUGUAUAUGAAGACGGACCACAUGACUGCUCCCAAAAUGUGAAGCCAAAGCGUUUCAAUGUCACUCUGGUGGCUGCCGGUGGUAUCGUUCAUACAUCCUGCGACCUCUAUGUUUGUGGAUAGGACAUGGACCAAACUAAAAAGUCAAAGUAUAUGUCAAAUGAUUUUUUUCUUCUUUUGUUUGUUUGUUUAGGAGCACAAUUUUCCAGGAAGUUAUUUUUAAAAAAAUUUUUUUUUUAAUUAAAGUUAUUAUUUGAUGAUAUUGAAACGUGGUAGAACAUCAUGAUUACCUGCUGUGACUGACUCACGAUUGGUCAAGCGCGUGUAUAAGUGAGACCGUCUUACCACGGCUCCAUCGCUGCUGCUCAGACUCUGGCUCAAAAUGUGCAAGAUGGCUGCAUUAGUACCUGGGAUAUUUGGGCAUCAUUUCAGUAUACUAGGAUGAAGAGGAGAGGCGCUGUCCAUAUUUUAUACAGUCUUUGGUUUGAAUAAAUUAAAACAAAUCAUGAUUACGGAAUGUGCAAAAAGUACUUUGUUAUUUAGUGGUUUUCCUCAGCACGGUGGAGAAAUGCUGCUCAGACUACCACCUAUGAAAUACAUACCUAUGUGGGACGAAACAAGAGGCAAUCAAUUUUUUCCAAAAGAAGAAAACCCCCACGGGUUUGGAGAUGCAAUGCACUGGCUUCUAAGACAAGUAGUCUUGAACAUCAGUGGCCUUCAGACUGACAGAGAGAUGUAAACAACGUCAGAUCAGUCUUCUGCCUGAAGCAAAGGUGUCGAGAUGAAGGAAACGGGAUGAAACCCCAUCGACCAGUUUUUGACCUGCAUGGGUUUUUCAGGAGCUGAUGCCGACGUUUUUGUACUGAAGUUGUUUUUUGUUUAUCAUUUUCAUCAUUCUCACACCAUGAAUCUUUAAAAAUACAAAACAAAGGAAUCCGUUUAGUUCCUGGAUCCCGGAGUUUUUAAAGCACAUCCAGACUGAACACUAAAGUAAACUUUAAACAAAGCUCAGCAGCACACACUGUCUUUUGAAGCAUGGAAAUGCAAAUGUAGUCUGGGACAAGGACGAGUCGUCACAAGUUGAAAAUGUGUUCAUUUAAGCCGACUGAAUCCAAACUUUGUUUUUAUGAAUCUAUGCCAUACAGGUAGAUGAAGAAUAGAAAGAGAAUGGGAGACACUGGAGUGACAAACAAGGAAAACUGGAGUUCCUGCUGAGUUCUGAGAUGACAGCUGUCACACAAACAACACAGAGACACUCACUGUCGGCUGCUGGCUUCUUCCAACAGAUGUCUGACUCUACUGUCAAUUUCUUAAGGUCUCUGAGGCGAAUCAAGGGGGUCUGCAGAAGCACUCUGGUGCUCAAAUAACCCAGUAGCUCCUCAUUCAGUCUGAACUCUUUCUCUUACUCUCCCUUUAGAAUGAAAACAGCAUUUCCACCAGAGGAUCAUCAUAGAAUUGAUCUUGAUUAAGUUCUAACCUCUUUAAAAAAUAACUCAACUUUGGUCGUGUGCUGCAUUCAGCAGUCACGCUCUUUAGUUUAUAGACUAUUUUGCUGUUGCACCAUAGACUGUAUGUAAAUAUGGAUGAUGUGACAGCUCCCCAAAAGUGAAGCCAAAGUAUCUUAAUUGCCCCCUGGUGACUGGCUGUAUUCUCCAUGUUAGUAGAUUGGACAUGGACCAAACUAAAAAGUCCAAAUACACAUUGAUUCUGUAAUUUUAGGUAGUUCUUAGCACUGUGUUUCCAACUGAUCAGUUGUGUUUUAAACUUGAUGCUAUAAAAACAGGGUGAAGCGUCAUGAUUGACAGCUUAGACCGACUCGCCAUUGGUCGAGUGCUCAUGAGGGUGGUACCUCUAAAUGGCAUCAUAGCGGAUAUUUUGUCCUCAAUUAUGGACAGUGGUAGGACAUGAAGAUGUGUCAAAGCCCUAUUGUGAUUUGUGAAUAUGGGCUAUACAUUUAAAUUAGAUUGAUUGAUUGAUCGAUCUUUAUAUAAAGCCUAUGUGAUGCAGAUUUGUAGUGGCUGGUUAACUAAUGUAAAAUCAGAUGCAGAAAAACUGAAACUCCUUUUUAUCAACUAUGAGUUGAAUCGUAUGUAUGAUUAAGUUUGGAAGUAACUGCUAGUGUAGUUCUUUCUGCCAAGUGGGAGUGGGAGAUGUCGUAGCUUGUGCCGAAUUACAACUAGGUGACUGAAGGGACACAUUUUGACCCCAUUUACUCUGAUUUAAAGUCUGAACAAUAUGAGGAAGAAAUGGAAUUAUUUUUGCAAUUUUGUCCAUUUUGAACUCCAGUCUAGGAGAGGUUCCCUUUACAGACUAAUACUUGACUAUGCCCCUAUCUUUUACAUCGUCAUAUUGCCAAUGGAUAACACAGACUGUCCAUUUUAUUAUAAUUUAUAUUGCAAAUUCAAUAACAUCCCCUGAGGCCCAUCCUCAUGACUGAGCUUCUGUGCUUCUUUGGCAGGGUGUUCUCAUCAACAUUUUGUCAUGAGAUAUUAAUUUCCUGUUCAGACGCAACUGCAGUGAAGAUUUUUGAUGCUGUUGUUGUUGCUUUGUAAUGUUUGUCUGGGUUGUGGAGGAAAUGCCAAACCAGGAGAUGUACAUCCGUCAGUCCUUCAGUGAACUGAGGACCAGAGCAGAUCCGAUUCUGCCCUCGUCUUCAAAGCCUCAAGAAAAGAAAACUUCCCUUUUUGUUCCACUGGGACAACACAGGAGUUUUCUAUGAAUAGUUAAAAAAAGGACAUGAUGGAUGACUCCUUGGUAUGUUAGUAGUGGAGGUGCAGUGUUUGCUUUUACCCUAUUUUGCCAGCCCAUUUCUUUUUCAUUACUUUUUUUUAUAAUCUUAAAAUGUCAAUAUAAGGGAUGGUUCUCAUGUUCUUUAUUCAGAAUGCGGUCAGGGUGACUGUUUUAUGGAAAAUGUGAGAUAGCUGGUAUGUUGUUGUUGUGAUCGAAAUUUCACAGUUUCAUUCUAUGUACAUGAGUUUACUUUUAUUUGUUACCUGCUUUGUAUAAUUUGUUUAAUGUGUUUUCCCAUAGGAACCACCAAGGUUUGCAUAUUGUCCUAUACCUGUGAACCCCACACUUAGUUUGUUCAUGUUCUCAAAUAUAUUUCAUAUAUGCAGUUUUUACUAUGUUACAUCUGUUUGUAUGUAUUUCAGUUUCCUAUUAAAAUGCCAGCAGCAGCCCACCUGUCAGUAACAACAUCUACCAACACUUCAGGCUGUUUAAACACUAUGUAUUGUCUGGAAUCUAACCUGGCAUUGUCAGCCUAUUAAAGAGGACGAGGAGAGA